GGAGUUUGAAUUGUACUGCCGGUAGUUUAAGUUUUAACGUCACUUUGUGCGUCGUAGUGACAUGAUUAUCUUAUUGUUUGAGAACCUAAUGUGUUUUAUGAAUUGACCAUUUGAAAAUGACUUCGACUGCAUUUCAGAUCACUAUAUCUCCGCAGCAGAAGCGCAAAAUAAGUGAUGAUGACAAAAGUGAAGACUCGUAUGAAAGUUGUCUCAUACUGGCACCAUUCAACAAAUGCCCGACAGUACAUUUUGAUAAUGUGAAACUUGGUACUGUUGCAGUGAGGGUUCUUAAAUUGGUGAACCCUUCUCAUGUUUCAUUGGAGGUUAAAUUACUGGACAUUCCUGAAAGAAAAUGUGGACUUUUAUUCAGUGCUGACAAUUUCACUUUGUUGCCCUCAGAAAAAAUCUGUGUCAAUAUUUCAUGGGCUCCAAUUGAACAUGGUUCAUGGCAUCACACAGUGAAAGUAGUAACUGACAAAAAAGGCAGCUACAGCCUUAGAAUUGUCUGCAGCUCUGCAAAAAUACAGAAGAAGAAGAAUGCGUACAAACCAUUAAGAGAUCAUAACCAGUCAACAGUUAUAUCCAAAAAAGUGAAAAAACCUUGGGUUUCCAUUACUCAUACGAGAUAUGAAGAUCAUGUAAAUAGCAGAUCUGAACAAAAUAUGACAUUGAAACAAAAUAAGUUUAAACCUGCACAAAGCUUCAAUUUCUGCUCUACUGAAGUGCCUCAGUUUUCAGGUGUAAGGACACCACGAAGAGAUACAUAUGUACUGAAAAAUAUGAAAAACAAUGAGGGAAAGGAGAAUGUACUUCAUGAAGAUAUAUUUAAGUUACCCUCCAGAGUGAAAGUUCCAAAAUCUGAAGUUAGACUGGGUUCCACGAAUGAUUUUUGUCUAUCUCCAUUACACUCUGUACUAACAGAUGAUGUAUUUAAGUCAAAUACUUCAGUUUCGCCUUCAUUUGAUGUAAAACUUAAGAAUUUCUGUUUCACCCCAGAUUUUAACCUUAAAAAACCUGUAUCUCAUGGAUUUAAUCAAAAUUUUGUUCCUCCAGGCAAGAAACAAGACUUCUCAAUGUGUAAGAACACGGUGACGACGACGACGACGACAAAAACAACAACCAGGGAAUGGUACAAUGGUAAUGAUUCUACAUUUUCCUUUACAAAAUCUACAAAGCUGAAAGAAUAUAGUUUUUCAUGUGCCAAUACCCCUAGAAAAAGUGGCUCCUCAUGCUCUGAAACAUUUGAUGAUAGUUUAGAAGUCGAUCCACCAACAGCUUCAGUACAUUUUGAUAAAGUUAUCACCCAGAGAAAAGUUUCUGAUGAAGCUAAAACCCCUCCAGGAUUUUACCUCACGAAGAGAGAUUUAAACACGGAUUUUAAUGAACAACCUUGGGGUGAAGCUACUUCAGCUGAUUUAAAUUUCGGUUUUGAAUCAUUCAAUGUACAGCCCAUGUCGUGGCCCCCUGACUUGAGUUUUCACAGCACACCACUAAAAAAUCCCAUAUUAAAAUUAUCACCAAUAAAACAUGCCAAAAUGGAUUUUAGUUUUCCAUUGGAUUCAAAGGAAUCUGAAAUUGAUAAGGGUAAAAGUAAAGACUCAUAUGAGCUUGUUGAAGAUGAAAUGAAUACCACCUAUCUACUAGAACAGAAAGCAACACUCUCUGUGGUAGAUGAAGCAAUGGAAGAUGAAUGCAGUGUUGCUGAAAAACCUGCAGAACCUGUCAUAAAAAAAGAAAUAUUUGAUGACUUUAACUUCAGUUUCCUAAAUCAUCAGAAAUCAGUUUUGUCGUGUGGAGAGACUGGAUUACAAAUUACAAGCAACAUAUUUACUUCAAAAGUACUGAGUAAUUCCCCAUCCGAGAAGCCAGCAACUAAUGUGCUUGGGUUUGAAGUGUUGGAGGAGACGGAUGAAGAAACUUCAAAAACAUCGAAUAAAGAGCAUAUAUAUGAAGGAAACAGUGCAGCUGAAGAAUGUAAGGGACCUCCAAGCAGAUCUCAAGCAAUUGCUUUUCAUUUUUCACCACCAAAACAUACCAGUGAAAGCAAGUUACCGACAAAAAUGAGAAGUCCAGUAGGAUUUAAAUCUGGACCAACAUGCAAAAGGAUCGCCAAUCUCUCUCUCAAGAAGCCUUUCAAAUCACCCUUGAAGAUGAAGAGGACAUAUGAGGCAUCUCUGAAAUCAGGUGUCAAGCAAGCCCUGAAAGAAAGUACUGGCAUACAUCGGGGUCAUGCAACUACAGAAAAUAAUGUUGCUGGAGGUGUUAUUGUUGUGGAUCACAAGAAGAAGGUGCCACAGAAGAGAGUGAAAUGUGAAAACAUAACUAACAUGGCAACGUUUAUUGGAAACGUUGUAAAUACAAAUAUUUCUGUUUCUUCUCUAGAUCCAUUUCUGACAUGGAAUGCAUAUUAUGACCAACAGUGGGUUGAUGCAUGUGAAAGACACUUCAUAAAAUGGCUGAAUUCACUGCUAACACCACCAGCCACUUUAGCCUGCAACUCUGAAUCAGUAACAGUGGAUAUUGUUGCACUUUGGAAACAAACAUCUAAGCAACAGAAAAUUGACUUGGCACAGAGCCGUGAAGUGGUUUCCUCUUUGUACAACACCAAUGAGAGGCUGAACUCACUGCGCAAAGCUGCUCGUUUACUGUUCAAGUCGAAUGAAGUUGUGGAAGUUUUGAGUAAAGUAACUGCAGGAAUAGAGAAAAAAGUACUAUAUAUCCGUGAUGAUAAAGCACUCUUACAGGAUAUCGGUCUAAAGCAGUAUAUCUUAAAACUGCUUCUAUGCUACAAUCCUCUGUGGCUGCGAAUAGGCCUAGAAACAAUUUACGGAAAAAAUAUUUUACUAUCAUCCAACUCUGAUGUGCAAGGCUUAACAGCAUUUCUCGUGCACAAUUUUCUGGAAGACCGUUACAUCAAACAGAAAUACAACCAUUCUAAAGCUCUGCAUAUGUAUGAUACAGCAUAUGUUCAAGCUAUGAAAAAGUUCAUAUUAAAGAAGUUUUUCUCUCUUGUGUACGUCCUAGAUCGAGCAAAAGAGACAAAACUGAUUGGUCAUGAUCCAUGUUUGUUCAACAAAUAUGCUAUGUACAAGUCAAGUCGUGAUGUGUUGCUGGCGUUUUCUAGAGAAUUUUUAUCAGCUGUUGGUGACGUCACAAAGUGUCUGCGACAUUUUGGUUACAUUGUAACUCAUGAACAGUCAUAUCUGAAUGAGUUUGAUUAUGCUGUGACCAAGCUUCUUGAUCUUCGGGAUGGUAUUCGCUUGUGUCGUGUUAUGGAAAUAAUACUGCAAGACGAAACCAUCAUGUCAAAGCUUAGAGCACCGGCUUUGUCAAGGCUGCAGAAAAUACACAAUGUAGGACUUGCAUUUGCAUCUCUAAUUUCAGCAGGCUUUGAUAUAAAAAGCAAUAUUACAUCACGUGACAUUGUAGAUGGUCACAGAGAAAAAACACUUUCAUUACUGUGGCAGAUACUCCUGAAGUUUCAGCUACCUAAGUAUGAGGCUGCUGCAGUGAGGCUACAAUGUUGGUGGAGAAGACAUUUGAUCAGAACUAGAGUGAAGAAUAUAAGAAAAAUAAAAUCCGCUAUUACAAUUCAGCGGAGAUUUCGAGCCAACAGAGCAAUGAAGCAACAGCAGGUUACUUUCCAGCUCCAAAAGGCUGCUGCUAUGAAAAUACAGUGUUGGAUUAGAGCUGUUCAUUUAAUGAGAAAAGAACGCAUAUCAUUUCUGGAGCAAAAACGAAGUGCAAUUAUUAUACAACAAUGGUAUCGAAAUAUGCUUUUAACAAAAUUAAAGCAACGUGAAUACCAAAAACUGAGGUUGACUGUUCAAUUAGUUCAGCAGAGAUUUAGAGCCAACAGAGCAAUGAAGCAACACAAGGCUGCUUUUCAGGUACAAAAGGCUGCUGCUAUGAAAAUACAAUGUUGGAUUAGAGCUGUUCAUUUAAUGAGAAAAGAACGAACAUCAUUUUUGGAACAAAAAAGUAGUGCAGUUAUUAUACAACAGUGGUAUCGAAAUAUGCUUUUAACAAAAUUAAAGCAACGUGAAUACCAAAAACUGAGGUUGACUGUUCAAUUAGUUCAGCAGAGAUUUAGAGCCAACAGAGCAAUGAAGCAACACAAGGCUGCUUUUCAGGUACAAAAGGCUGCUGCUAUGAAAAUACAAUGUUGGAUUAGAGCUGUGCAUUUAAUGAGAAAAGAACGAACAUCAUUUUUGGAACAAAAAAGUAGUGCAGUUAUUAUACAACAGUGGUAUCGAAAUAUGCUUUUAACAAAAUUAAAGCAACGUGAAUACCAAAAACUGAGGUUGACUGUUCAAUUAGUUCAGCAGAGAUUUAGAGCCAACAGAGCAAUGAAGCAACACAAGGCUGCUUUUCAGGUACAAAAGGCUGCUGCUAUGAAAAUACAAUGUUGGAUUAGAGCUGUGCAUUUAAUGAGAAAAGAACGAACAUCAUUUUUGGAACAAAAAAGUAGUGCAGUUAUUAUACAACAGUGGUAUCGAAAUAUGCGUUCAACAAAAUUACAGCAACAAGAGUACCAAAAACUGAGGUUAAUAGUGAUACACAUUCAGCAGAAAUACAGGGCUACAUUGUUGAUGAAAUAUGAUAGAAAUAUUUAUCAGAGGAAAAGGUGGGCAUCUGUUAUUAUUCAGAGAUGGUUUCGAGCCACUCUUAAUAUGAAACGUCAGCGUGAGUUGUAUUUGACACAGAGAUGUUGUAUUAUUACUAUACAGAGAUGGUUCAGGAGUGUUUGGUCCAAAAGAGAAAGAGAAGCAAAACGAAAAGUACUAGUUCCCAUAUCCCAAUCAGAAAUUGAAAAUCGUGCUGCGGUCAAAAUACAGGCCUUUUGGAGGGGUUUUGCUGCACGAAAGCGGCUGCCUAGUAACUGCUUAAGUCUGAAAAAUAGAGGUGUUACCAGAAACCCCUCGCAACCUGUUCAGACAUUGCGGUGGAAGUACACAAAUAAUCUGAGGUGCUUUGAACAGAAUUCCCUGGGACAGAUAAUCAUGCUCUUCAUGUCUCUAACUUCUUUGACUGAACUGUCUAGAGAGAUAUGUAAAGAUUUUUCUGCAAGUGAAUACCUACCGAAAGUUUUUGGUGAACUUAAACGAUCAAAUCGUUCAUUUGCAUAUCAGAGACUAUGUUCACUUGGAACACAGUUACUCUUGAAUCUGGCAAAAUACCCAGAAAACAGGGACAACAUUUGGCAGGUUGAUGAGGCCCUAGAAAUUAUGUUUCAACUGAUGACGCAGUCUGUGGGAACACAGUUCACAAUAUUCUCCAAUUGCUGCAAAGUACUUUGGUUGCUUGCUGAUGAUCCUUUGAAAGCACAAGUGAUUCAUGGAAAUCCUCAGUCCAUAAACACAAAGAGACUUUUUAAUUUCUAUUAUCAAGAGCAAAAGAAAAUUAAUUCACGCAGACCAUCUUCUGCCUGUGGUGGUUCUACCAGCAAGACAAGCAAUACUAGUGAAAGGAAAUGGCCCGUUAGUGGUGGAUGUGCCAAGAAGACAUACAGUGCUAGUAGAAGACAAGGUCCUGUUAGUGGUGGCUCAGUUAACGUUAAUUACAGUGCUAGUAGAAGACUGUGUCCAGCUAGUCAUUCAUCUGUGAACAAAAGAGCAACCAAUUUAAGCCAAUUGGACAAUUCUCUCAAUGCUAUUAAGUACUUGCUUGAGAAAUUAGGUUUACUGUAAUCUGUUUGUAAUUAUGUUAAUCAUCUUUACACUAAUGACUUCAUUUAUAUCUAUCAUUUGUAAAAUGCUGCGCAUUUCAUACUUCCCCUCACUUUCAGGUGCUCUGCAAGCGGAGUUUUUCCCCCAGGUGUUAUAUUUUUAUUGGGAAAGCACACUGAAUGGUAAUAUUGUAAAUGUUAUAAAUACAAAAUACUUUUUGAUCUUUCAAAUAAUGUAUACUUAAGAACAGUAUUGCAUAUCAGUGAAACAUUUUAUGUAAAGUAAUUGCUGCAUUACUGGUCUUUAAGUGUUUUGACGACAGUUGCUUUUUAUUUUCAUUGUCAGCAGAGAUGGAAGUCAAACUUGUAGUUCACAUUGUGGAUCAUUUCUUUGCAUAUUUUAGAAGCCCAUUUUCCUAUCAACUUCAUAUGAUUUCUUUUUACAUUUUAUUUUUUGAUUUAUGAGUUUAUACUGCACACAGUUUAAAAAUCCUUAGUUACCGUUCAUGUUUCGCAGUAACUUCUGUAAAGUGUUUUGUGAUUAUUGUGCUUUGUUUCUACGAAUGAUGAAAAGGUGUUAUGCAUUUGCAGUACUCACAAACAAACAACUGAGAGUACAUUGCCAAUAAAGACAAAACAAAAAGGUUCAGUAAUAGUAUUUUUUUAAGAAAAUAGUGUGCUUUAUGUUCAGUUUACCUUAACUCCCAAUGCCCACUUUUUUUAGUGGUUGUGAGUAAUAUUUUAUUUAGGAGCUUGUGUUAGUGCAUGAACAUUUUAUUCAUUAUUAUUAUGAAAACUGCAGUUUGUUUAGCCUUUUACCCUUGUGUUUGAUACGUCAUGUGGUGUACAAUAGUGAACAUGUAAGAAACUGUAUAUAGUGUACUUAGUACUAUUUCAUGUACAACAGAGACAUUUUAAUAAAUAAAAUGUAAA